AAGAAUCUGAAAAAGAGAGGGAAGAAAUAGGAAACCCAUCUCUCUCACUAGAGAGUCACAGGCAUGUUCUUCCGGCCUGAACUCCAAAAUCAUCUCUCAUUCUUUCAUUGACAAUGCAUGGCACUUUUCGAAGGAGUUCAUCUACGCCCCAAAACCUAGUCUCUCUCUUCUUCUCCGCCGCUAGGUUAACAUUUAGGCGCACCAAAACCUCCGCCGCCAGGAAGAAACGGAACAUCUCGGGACACUCAUCGUCCGCCGCCAAGAAGAAGACGUCCUCCUCCUCCUCCGACGUUCUCUUGAAAGGCUACAUCUCAUCCGUCAAACCCUCCCCUCCCGCGCCCUACGACAAAACCAAACGUGAAAGAAGCCGACGCCUUCUCCAGACCUUCAAAGCGCCGCAAUCUUCAAUAGUCCCCAAUCCACCGUCUUCUUCAAUAGUUCCCAAUCCGCCGAAUUCCUCUCUAGGUUCUAUUGUCUGUGGUAGCUUGACCUCGGACUGCAUUGAUGAAGACGAUGAAUCUGCGGAGCAACUGGCUUCAGAUGCAUCCAGCAUAUUGUACGAUGAGAUGGACUUGAAUUGGGAUGAUGGCUAUCAAGAGCAUCUGCAAAUCAAAAAUGCUACAUUGGUGCCCUGGUUGGACAAAAUGGCACACAACAGCAUUUCACUGUGGAGGAAAGAAUUCUCACAAGAUAAGAAGCAGAAGUGGGUAUUUAAGGAGGGACAAUAUCCUCGCUAUAAACGCCUGGUCAAAAUGUGUGCCAUGAAGCUGGGAUCAGAUACUACUGUUGAAUUGUUUGGGAAGUUAGGACGAGAAAAUGGCUUGGAAGAAUUUAAUAUGUUAAUCAAGAUAUGUAUAAAGAAGGCAAGGGAAACCACAGAUGAAGAUGUUUCAUUACAGGAGAUUUAUAAGGCUUAUCAAUUAUUCAAAUUGGUUAGAGAAUCAGGUUUUCAGAUAGAAGAAAAAACAUAUGGCCAGUUCCUGAUGUAUCUAAUCGAUUUUGAGAUGUCUGAAGAGUUCUUUUUCUUCCAUGAACUAAUCAGAGAAGACAAUCCUGAUUCACUUCCGCGCCUAACUUAUUAUGAAAUGCUGCUACGGGUAAGAGUCGAUGAUGUUGAUAAACUUCAAGAACUUUGUCUUUCUGUUGCAACUGAAGGUGAUGACGAGAGGUUUUAUCGCCGAGAGGGUUUGUUGCUGGCGUUGUAUGAAAGCGAUCGAAAAGAAGAGUUUCUCAUGCUAUUGGAAACUCUGGACAUAUCUAAAGUUACAUCAGUUGCAGUUUCUGAGUGCAUCUUCAGGGGUUUGGGGAAGUUUUUGCUGGAACCUUUUGCAGAAAGAUUUCUGUUGGUGCUGAAAGAAAAUGACAUUGGAGCUGAAAACAUCUCAAAUCUCAUCCUCGAAUAUGCAAUCAGCAUACCUAAUUUAGCGGUUGAAGGUAUCAUAAAAAAGUUCCAAGCUUUGCAUACUAAGUUUGAUGUGCUUCCUACUCCAGCGCAAUAUGAAAAGCUCGUUACAUAUAGUUGUAAGUUUUUCAAGGUACAUGAGGCGCUAAAUGUAGUUGACGAGGCACUUGAAUCUGGUAUUGCUUUAUCAUUGGGCACAUUUCAUUCAAUAUUAGAUGCUUGUGAUCGGAGCUGUGAAUUUAAUCUGGUCCAUCAGAUAUACUCAAGGAUAUCUAACCAUAAUCUGGGACAAAAUAAUGAGACAUUCAGGAGAAUGAUACUUCUGUGUGUGAAGAUGAAAGAUUUUGAAGGAGCAUAUGGAAUGAUUGAUGAUUGGAAAAAAAACUAUACACCAACAGCUGGCAUGUACAACGUGAUACUAGCUGGAUAUUUUCGUGAGAAAAAUAUUCGAAGUGCCCAGAAUGUUCUCAAACAAAUGGAUGAUGCAGGCGUAAAUCCCGAUGCUAUGACUUACAGCUAUCUCAUAGCCAACACUCAGCGUGAGAAAGAUAUAGCUAAGUAUUAUGAUGAGAUGAGUAGAUUGGGAAUCACACCAACAAAGCAGGUUUUCAUGUCCCUUAUAAAUGCAUAUGCAUCCUAUGGAAAUUUCGAAUAUGCUAAAGAGGUAAUCUUGAGCGAUAGAAUCCCAGCAAAGUACUUGAAAGAAAUCAAGAGUGUGCUUGUUGGAGCUCUUGCUUCAAAUGGAAAGUUAUCUGAUGCCCUUGAGAUAUAUGAAGAAAUGAAGGGAGCCAAGUGUGAUCUAGAUCCCAGAGCUAUUAAAUGUCUCAUUGAACAUUAUCAGUCUGAAGGACAAUUGAACAAAGUGUUGGAGUUACUUGAGGAAUUGAAUGAUUCGCCUUAUUGGGUUGAUGCCUGCUUCAGGGUCAUAUCACAUUGUGUUCGGCAUGAGAAUUUGAGAUCUACUGUUGAUUUACUGAAGCAAUUAAAGGAUAAGUUCGUUGAUGCUGAAGUUGCACAGGAAGUCCUGUUUGAUGAGGUCUUCUGUUUAUAUGCGGAGCAAGAGCCAACAGACAUGCAGUUUGGCCUGGAUUUGCUUGAAGCUGUCAAGGAAGAAGUUGCUGUUCGUCCUUCACGGAAGAGUCUGGAUUUUCUCCUCAGUGCUUGCACUAAUGCAAAAGAUACAAAGAGUUCCUUCUUGAUUUGGAAAGAAUAUGAGAGGGCUGGCCUGCCAUACAAUGUUCUCAGUUUUGUGAGGAUGUAUCAGGCUCUUUUGGCUUCAGGUGAUAGAAAGUCUGCAGCGAAAUUACUGAACAAGAUACCGAAAGAUGAUGUCCAUGUCCGUUGUGUCAUCAACGCGUGCCAAGAAACGUAUGGAAAAGCAGAGUCUAUUAGAAUGAAAGAGAAGAAGAAAAAGAAGGCACUUAUGGCAACAAUGGGUAGGUCUAUUAGAUAGUUUAGGAGCCAAAAACAGAGUAACUAAACACACCAAUUGUAAACAGGUAGUGCAUGUAUUCUUCUAAAUAUUCACAGAAUUGGUAGAAUCUAGAAUAGCAUCACACCAUAAUAAAUCUGCAAUAUUUAUUAAAGUGCGUUUCUUGAUUUA